AUGGCCUGGAGUUUGUGUGGGAAGGUCCAGCUCGGGGGACUGCUCCUCUCCCUCCUCGGAUGGGUCUGUUCAUGGGUCACCACCAUCCUGCCCCAGUGGAAGACUCUCAAUCUGGAACUGAAUGAAAUGGAGACCUGGAUCAUGGGGCUUUGGGAGGUCUGCGUGAAUCAGGAAGAAGUUGCCACUGUGUGCAAGGCUUUUGAGUCCUUCUUGGCUCUGCCCAAGGAGUUCCAGGUAUCCAGGAUCCUCAUGAUAAUCUCCCACGGUCUGGGACUAUUGGGACUUCUGCUCUCUGGCUUUGGGUCUGAAUGCUUUCAGUUUCACAGGAUCAGAUGGGUAUUCAAGAGGUGGCUUUGCCUUCUAGGAGGGACUUUAGAGGCAUUAGCUUCAGCCACUACCCUCUUUCCAGUCUCCUGGGUGGCCCACACCACAAUCCAAGACUUCUGGGAUGACAGCAUCCCUGAGAUUGUGCCUCGGUGGGAGUUUGGAGAUGCCCUCUUCCUUGGCUGGGCUGCCGGCAUUUUCCUGGCCCUUGGUGGGCUACUCCUCAUCUUCUCGACCUGCCUGGGAAAAGAAGAUGUGAACUUUUCUGGGAUAGCUGGUCCCAUAGUCCUACUGCCCCAUGCUCCAGCAGAGUCAGAUGGCUCCUUCCACCUAACACCAAGACCCAGGGACCCAAUAAUCUAG